AUGCCAGAGCCAUCUAAAUCUGCUCCGGCCCCUAAAAAGGGUUCUAAGAAGACCAUCACUAAGGCGCAGAAGAAAGACGGGAAGAAACGCAAGCGUAGUCGUAAAGAGAGCUACUCCAUCUACGUAUACAAAGUUUUGAAGCAGGUCCACCCAGACACCGGCAUCUCAUCCAAGGCCAUGGGUAUCAUGAACUCGUUCGUCAACGACAUCUUUGAGCGCAUCGCGGGUGAGGCGUCGCGCUUGGCGCAUUACAACAAGCGCUCCACGAUCACAUCUAGGGAGAUCCAGACGGCUGUGCGCCUACUGCUCCCUGGGGAGCUGGCCAAGCAUGCUGUUUCCGAGGGCACUAAGGCCGUUACCAAGUACACCAGCUCCAAGUGUUUUUUUCUGUGGUGCUGAUAGUUGAAGCAGUUUUGGAGCCAGAGCCCCAAGCGACUUGGAAGGUUUAUCGGCUUUAAAACACAUGAGUUACUGUGUCGCAUUACCCAAAAAAACUCAUCUUUUCCCCAAG